AUGAGUCCAACGGCUGUAGCUGAAGUUGAGGCACAAAAGAAGAGAUUAUAUAUGGAGUAUUCUGCUGCUAUGUAUACUCAAUUGACCAUGCUUUUCAUCCAAGCCCCUGUCUUUGUCAGCUUUUUCCUUGCUCAAUAUAAAGGAGCUCCAUUUGGUGAGCUAAGCCCCCAUGUAUUUACUGUGGCAGACGCAUCUUACAGGGCAGUGAUGAGUGAUGCAAAAAGCCAGUCCAUAUUGGUCAGUGGAGAAAACCAUCAACCUUUUCGAUGGAUUUAUUGCAAAAGAUGUACCAAAUCCACCAUCCAAUCAAAAUUAAAACACGGAACUGCACGAUUCUAA